UGCGCGGGCCGGGGAAGGGGGCCGCGGCGGGCAGGAAGCGGGGGGCCCCGGGGACCCCGUCGGCGGGCAGCGCUGGGGCGGCUCUGGCGGCGAGGGGCUGGCCGAGGCGCGGCCGAGGGGAGGGCAGAGCCGCCGUGCCGAGCCGAGCCGAGCCGUGCGGCGCAGAGCCGGGAGGGACGGAGCCGCGACGGGACGCGCCAUGCGCUCCUGAGCUGGGCCGUGCCCGCCGAGCCACGCCGUGCCGAGCCGGACCGUGCCACACCGAGCCGUGCCGUGCCGAGCCGCCCGCCCAGCAUGGCCCCCUGGCUCUGGCCGUGCCUCCUGGCCGCCCAGGCCCUGGCCGCCAACUUCCCCCCCAGGUACAGCCUCUACACCGGGGGGGCCGCCCCGCACAGCGCUGUCCAGGCCACGGCCCCGCAGGGCCCCACCGCGGCCCACAGCGGUGCCCGGGCUGCCAGCCGGCACAGGAACUGGUGUGCCUACGUGGUGACGCGCACCGUGAGUUGCGUGGUGGAGGACGGCGUCGAGAGCUUUGUGAAGGCGGAUUACCAGCCCUGUGGCUGGGGGCAGCUCCAGUGCCCCCGCGUCCUGGCGUACCGCAGCUUCCUGCGGCCCCGCUACAAGGUGGCCCAGAGGACGGUGUCGGAGCUGGCCUGGCGCUGCUGCCAGGGCUACUCGGGCGAGGACUGCACCGAGGGGCCGGCAUCGGCACCCGCCCUGCCCACCGGCCGACCCCGGCCCCGGCCCGGCCGCCCCACGCUCUCCGGCUUCGGCAACCCCCUCAGCGGCCUGGGGGGUGAAGGCGCAGGCGGGGAUGCGGAGAAGGUGCGGCAGCUGGAGGAGCAGGUGCGGCGGCUGAGCGAGCAGGUGGAGGAGCUGCGGGCCGGGCAGGAGUCGCUGCCGGAGCACCCGCGCCGGGGGGCAGAUGGCGGCCCCGACGGCGAGCAGCCGGCCGACGCGGCCGCCCCCGCCGAGGUGCGGGAGGCGCUGAGCCAAGUCCAGCGGCGGCUGGAGGAGCUGGAGAGCCGCCUGCGCCACCAGGAGAGCGGCCGGGAGGGCCCGGUGACCGCGGCGGGGGGCCCGGGGGCGGCCACGGCACUGCGUGAGCUGGAGCAACGGCUGCAGGAGACCUGUGCCGCCUGCGCGGCCGGCACCGAGGGGCUGCGGCGGCAGGCGGCGGAGGACCGGGAGCGCAUGCGGGCGCUGGAGAAGCUGGUGGGCUCGGUGGACCAGCGCAACCGGGAGGCGGUAGAGACGGUGCAGCGGCACAUCAGUAGCCUGAGCAGCCGCCUGGCUCCCGGUGCCAUCCCGCCGCCCGCGACAGACGACCUGCACCGGCGCCUGGCCGAGCUGGAGCGGCGCCUGGAGGGGCUGCCCGCGGCGGUGGCGGGGCCGGGCGGGCAGGGACCGGUGCUGGCCCGGCGGCUGACGGAGCUGGAAGGGCGACUGAACGCCUCGCAGGCCGGCCCCUGGUCCCCCGAGCCGGAGGGUCGGCUGAGCGGGCUGCCGGGACGCCUGGCCAACCUGAGCCGGGCUGUGGAGGGGCUGGCGGCGAGCGGGGCUCAGCGCGGCGCCCGCCUGACCGAGCUGGAGGGGCUGCUGGCCCGCUGCGGCCAGCCCUGCCCGGCACCCCCAGAGCCGACAGCGGGCAGCCGGGACGCGCAGGAUGACGGGCAGCUUGGCCCCCUCCUCCGGCAGCUGGAGCGGCGGCUGCAGGACACCGAGGGGCAGCUCCGGGCCCUGGGGGCCGGCGAGGACGGGCUGACCGGGACCCUGCAGGGGCUGCGGGCGGAGGGGGGGGAACUGCGGGAGCUGCUGGGGGUGCAGGGGGAGGCACUGGGGCGGCUGGCGGGGCGGCUGGGGCAGCUGGAGGCGGGGGGGGCCCUGGCAGAGGAGCUGGCGCAGCUCCGCAACCGGACGGGGCGGCUGGAGGCCGAGCUGGGGGGGCCGAACGGCAGCCCCUGCCCCCGGCCCUGCGCCCCGCUGCCACCCCAGGAGCUGGAGCGGCUGCGGGCCGAGGUGGACGCCUGCACCGCCGCCUGCCGCCCGCCCCAGCCCGGCCCCACGGUGACGGAGCCGGAGCCGGAGCCGGAGCUGGAGCCGGAGCCGCCGCUGGAGGGGUUCGGCGUCUUCGGGGGCACCUCGCCCUCGGAGCUGCGGGGGCUGCGGGGCGAGCUGGCGGCGGCACUGCUCUCCCUCGGCGGGCUGAACGUCACGGUGCAGGGGCUGCAGGACGCCCUGGACCAGCAGGACGCCCGGCAGCGCCAGCUGGGCAUCAUCACCGACCGCAUCGUGGCCGAGCUGGACCAGGCAGCGGAGGCGGCGGCGGCGCGGCAGGCCGAGAGCGAGGAGCGACUGGAGGGGCUGGCACGGGAGCUGGCGAGGACCGGGGGCUGCCCGGCCGGCCUGGAGCCGCGGCUGGCCAAGCUGGAGGGUGUCUGCGAGCAGCUGGAGGCCGUGGCGGGCGGGCUGCGGGGCGUCCGCGAGGGCCUGGGCCGGCACGUGGCGGGUCUGUGGGAUGCGGUGCGGGAGCUGAACGGCACGACCCGCACCCAGGCCGCGCUGCUGGAGAAGGCGAUGCAGGCCCAGCUCCCGCGCCGGCUCGGCGCCCUCAACGCCAGCCUGCAGCACCUGCGCGGGGAGCUGCUCCGCCUGACCCAGAGGGACCUCGCCGGCCCCCCCGGCCCCCCUGGACCCGCUGGCCCCAUGGGUGAGAUGGGCCCCCCCGGCCCCGCUGGGCCCCCCGGCAAGGAUGGAGAACAAGGCCCCAUGGGCCCCCCUGGGCUGCCAGGAGAGAGAGGCGAGGUGGGGGAGCCGGGCUCCGUGCCCCGCAUCGCCUUCUCGGCCGCCCUGAGCACCCAGCACGCGGAGCCGGGCACCGUCCCCUUCGACCAGGUCCUGCUCAACGACGGCGGCGCCUACGACCCCGAGACGGGCACCUUCACGGCACCGGUGAGCGGGCGGUACCUGGUGAGCGCGGUGCUGACGGGGCACAAAGGGGAGAAGCUGGAGGCCGUGCUGUCGCGCUCCAACCAGGGCAUCGCCCGCCUGGACUCGGCCGGUUUCCAGCCGGAGGGGCUGGAGAAGGAGCCGGUGGCGGCACUGCAGCCCAGCCCCGGGGCACUCGGCGUCUUCAGCCUCCUGCUGCCGCUGGCGGCCGGCGAGACCCUCUGCGUGGACCUGGUUUCGGGGCGCCUGGCCCACGCGCCCGACGAGCCCCUCACCGUCUUCAGCGGGGCCCUGCUCUACGACGCCGAGGAGCCCUAAAACCAUCGGACCCUCGCACAACCCCACCCCCCCCCCCCCGGCACGGGGCUGCCGGCCAGCCGGGGGCACAGCCGGGCCAGGGGGUCCCCACACCCCGGCGGGACCCCCCUCCCCACCCACCCCCGUUAUUUAUCAGCACCCCCCACCCCUCGCUCCCCUGUCACCACGCGCCCCUGCCCCACACAGCCCGCCCCGGCCCCCCACGCC